AUGUCGCAUCAGACCGACCAAGAGGGUGGGGCCAGAUCUAGGGCUACCAAAAAGGCCGCCGCGCAAGCCGAUCAAACGAAACGUGCGGCGGGGAAAAAGGCUGAGGUGGGAAAGCAGAAGCCCGGGAAGAAGGCGGAGGACAAGGGGAAGCAACCAACGGCACGCAAGCGUGUUUCGGCCGUCAGGAGCGAUGCGGAUGUUGCCACUGCUGCCCUCGAGCCCGGUCAUUCUGACGACGGCACCAUCGGCGGGAACGAAGACCCUGGGCGUGGCGGCGUGAGUGUUGCCGUCCGGUCGGGGGACAGAGAGGGCUUUGCGACUGGAGGAAAGCACGGCGACUCUCCCCGCCAAGAUCAGGCCGCAACUUUGCCGUCCGUGGCAGAGGCAAAGCAGCAGCAUCUGACGCUGCCCCCCCCGCCCGUGGUCGAAAUAUCUGCUGCAGUGAUAGAUAAGGAGAAGGAUGCUGCGCACGAUUGCACGGAGGGGCCGAAACACGACAUUGCCGACGUAGGUGCAUCUCCUCCCUCUGGGGGACGCGGGAGGCGUAGGCAGAGGAAGAGCGAUGGUGAGGAGGAGAAUGACACCCCCAUGGCUGAGGACAUGCCCAUACGCGCGAAGAGGAGGCAGACGACAGCCAGCAGUGACGACGCCGGUGGUGCUGAAGUUGGGACAAUGCGAGGCACCACGGCGCCAAGUGGCUUGGCGACAGAUCAUGCAAUGCGGCAUAAGGUGGGAUCCGGUCCGAGGAAACCAUCUAGCGGACGGAGGGGGAAGCAAUCUUCGGGGGGGAAUAGGCCGAAGCGCGGCAAAGAAGGCCCUGGUGAAGCGGAUGUUGAGGACGAGGGGGAUGGGGAGGAGGAGGCCGAGGAGGAUGCGGAGGAGGAGGACGAGGAUGCAGGGGAGGGAGAAAAGGACGAGGAUGAGCAGGAGGGCGACGAUGAUGAGGAGGAGGAGGAGGAGGAGGAGGAUGAGGAUGAGGACGAUGAGGAGGACGAUGAGGGGAACGACGAGGAUGAGGAGCAGGAGGAGGAGGAGGAGGAUGAGGAGGAGGAGGAGGAGGAGGAGGAGGAGGAGGAGGAGCAGGAGGAGGAGGAGGAGGAGGAAGAGGAGGAGGAGGAUGAUGAGGAGGAGGAUGAGGAGGAGGAGGACGACGAGGAGAAAGAGGAGGUGGAGGAAGGGGCGGAUGAGGAGGAGGAGGAGGAGGAGCCGGCAGGGAAAGGACGGGGCGCGCGAGGCGGGCGGGGGAGUGGCACAGGGAAGGUGGGGGGCCGGUCUGGACAAUCCCGGAAACGCGGGGCGGGUGACGCAAUGCGUGGCGGACCAGCGGGCAAAUCGAAGGCGCGUAAGGUGAAGGUUGAACUUGACCGGGGUGGAAGGAAGCAAGUGAGACAGGGAGCUAAAGGCGAUGGAGACGGAAAGGGACCGCGCGCGAAAGGGGUACCUGUGGGUUCGGCAAAGAAAGAACCUGCCCGGAAGGAGAAGGUUGACGAAUCGGCUAAACCGGGCAUUGGGCCACCGGUAACCGUGCAACGGAUGCAGCUAGUGAAAGGGGCCGGAAGAGCGAGUGUGGCACCGCUAUCCACAGGAGGACCAAGGGCGGUCUCCCCCCUCGCCGGUCCAUCGCGUGUGCAUCAACCAAGCACCAUUGCCAAUCCCUUCCCUGAGCUUCCCUUUUCCCGCCAGCGUGAUAGUGUGAGGGCACACGGUGCUGCUGCAGAAGACGUUGAUCCCCUUGGCCAGAGAGGGGUUUCUACACACCCUUUUCCGGAUGUCAUGGAUGCGCUGGCUGAAGGUGCAGAGCACGGGCAGUUUGUUACACGAGACGAGUUCCAGCAGCUACGGUCUGAGAUGUACGCCAUGUUUGUGUUGUUCAGGAUCCGUCACUUUGAGAGCUUACGAUGA